GGUAAGUUAGAUAUGGGAAAUACUGUAGAAGAAGAGAGCAAUAUUCUUUAUGAUAGAUGGUAGAAACCUCAAAGCUACAUAGAAUGUUCCCGAUUUUACAUUUGCAUCCUACAGAACUCGCUCUCCUUCAACAUCGCAUAACGGUUCAUGUUUAAGGAGCCAUGAGAGGGAGUCAUCAUCCAGGAAGAGGAAGGAGAUGAGGUCCACAUCAGGCAGGAGGCACAAGAGGCGAUCAUCCACGAUGGUGAGGUCCUCCAAUAGACUGAGGUUAAGCAAAGUGGAGAAGCUGACAGAGAGGCUGCUGAAAAAAUCAGCUGUUCAAUCCCUCAUGAAGAAACCUAAACUCAAAGCUGUGAUUAAGACUCUGGUUCCACUCAUCUUGGCUGAACUGAAGAACAUGAAAUCCUCUUCAUCCUCCUUUCCCUCCCAUAAGACAAAGAGGAGGUUUAAUGCAAAGUUAUCCAAAGUGAAGCCUGAGCAUCAGAUCAGGAAACGUCAGGCUGCCGAAUCCUCUCCUCCUUCCUCAGUGGUGCCUAGAGAGACGCAUCAUUCUCUGCCCGACAGCGAUGUGGUCUCAGCUGUGGAGAAAUCUGGAAGAACCAAAUCUGAUCGGCUGCUGAAGUCCAAACGAAAGGCAACCGCAUGUUUUGAAAAUGAGGAAGAUGAAGAGAAAGUGAAAAAGAUGAAGAGCAUCGAUAUUGAGGAAACAUCAGUCACUGUCUUCACAGAAAAAAAUGAGGCCAUUAGGAAACAUAUUCCUGCAAAACAGAAAAUGACUCCACAACCAGUAUCUCUGGAUCAAAGUGUCUUCAAACAACAGUCUUCUGAACCUUCAUCCUUUGCAACGACAUCUUCAAAGCUUCCAGAAUCUGCAACGUUGAUGUUUGCGGCAAACAGGGGAGAUGUUGGCGACUCUGAACAACAAAUGCAUCCUGAUAAAACCCAAAGAGAUGCUGACGAGUCUCCAAAGACACUCGAAGAGAAGAGCAUGGAAGACACUAGACUGAAACCUAAAUCCCAGCUGGGAAGUCUGCAGGAAGAGGAAGAAGUGACCAGAGAAUCGCUGCUUAAGGUUUCAGAGCGUAAUCAGGUUGCUUUUAUGAAUCUCAAAGCAGAAAAUUUGGAAAUUCAGCUUCAAGAAUCCUCACCGGUGGCAGAAACCUUAAAAACAACCCAUGAAAGAAAGCAGCAAGCUGAACUAGAGGAAAUGAAUCUCUGUUCCAAACAGUUAAAAGAUGCUGAAAGUCAGAAAUAUCUGGAAACAAGAGCAGCAGAUCCUGUAGAGGUUAAAACCACAAAUGAAGUUGAUCUACAGGAGAAUUUACCAACUGAUCCCACUGAUCUUCAGACAAUAAAUCUGGAAACGCCAACAGCCCCAGUCAGUUCAUCAUCCCAGAACCAGAAACCAGAUGCUUUGGAAAAACAACAAAAACCAGGAAGUUCAUCUCUUUUAAAGAAAUCACAGAAAUUGAGAGACAUAAAGACAAAAGCAAAGAAAAAAGUGAAAACUAGAGAGCAGUCUCCAGCUGCUGCCUGCAUCCCGAUGGUCGAAGAGACGUUUGAGGAACUUCAGGUCGAACACCUGAUUGGGUGUUUAAGCAGGAAAACAGUCUUGUCACCAAAGCUAUUUACACUUGAUGCGAAGCUGCUCAUGAUAACCAAGCUGCCAAAGUAUUACGAUGGCUGCUACAGAGAAAGUGAUGUUGCCGACCUGUUCUGCCCUUUUGGAUUCCUCUACAAGGGGAACAACAUCUAUGUUAUUCCUCAAAAGUGCAUGGCGUUUGUCCUGAUGCCAGAUGUAACAAAUGUUAGAAAGAUCAUCGCCUAUUUGGACCAGAACCAGAUCGUUUUCAAAGGAUCCAGUAUCUCAGUCAGAGUUGUGCAUGACAUGGUUUCAAUGAAGCCAUUUGGGUUUUAUACGUUUCUGAUCAAAAAGACCCGAUCAGGCCAGAAGACUGACAGAGGAAGGGUAAUCUUUAUCCACAACAUCUGCCAGAGCGAGAUCAGAGCUCUGAAGGAAGCUCUGAUAAAGAUCGGCUCAGUGAAACGAUACCUGCCGCUCCUCGAAAAGGUGUUUGUUGAAUUUGAAUCCAGGCAUGAGGCUGAUCUGUUGGGCGUUUGGUACAGCUUCCUGAGGGACUCUCCUCCUUAUUACGUCUUCAGGAUGAUAAUACCUGAAAGCAGCAGUGUUUCUCCACCACCAGCGGCUGCAGAGAGAGCUCUGCCAGACGGCCAUGCAGCUGUUGAUGGCGCCGCCAUCCCGACUGCGAAGUGUGGCGUUCCUCAGGGAAGCGCUCCUCCGUUCUGGAUCACCAUGAGCACCAACCCCUGUGUGUUUCCCACCUUCGCUCCCUGGUUCAAUAUUCCAGAUUAUCUGACAGUCGAAACAAUGGAGUCUGUAGAGGUCAUUUCUGUUUUGCUCUCUUCACUCAAAUGUUGA